AUGUCCGCAUCCGCAUCUGGUGUUUUUGAAGCGAAAUUUGUGAUUGUAGGCGGUGGAAUUGCCGGUGUCUCUUGCAUUGAAACCUUAUCAUUUUAUUGUCAAACCGAAUCAAUAUUGUUGCUUACUGAAUCGCCGAUCAUCAAAGCCGCGACAAACCUUGUUGCCUUGGGUAAAUCAUUGACCCGUUUCGAUAUUGAACAAAAGCACGCCUCAACGCUCCCGGCAAAUGUGCAAGUGGUAACCGAUCGACUGCUGGAAGUUGACAGCCAUCAGAAAAUAAUUCGAACCGCUCAACAAAAUCAUCUCAUAAAAUACGAGUUUCUGUGUAUCUGUACUGGUGCUCGGCCCAAGAUUGUCGACCAAAUCAACGCAACCAAUCAGAAAUACAUUUUGGGCAUUCGUGACACCGAAUCGGUUUGCGAUUUCGAAAAGCGUAUUCAAAAUAGCCGAAAAAUUGUCAUCGUAGGCAAUGGUGGCAUUGCAUCGGAGCUUGUGUAUGAAUUGAAAAAUGUGGCCAUCGAAUGGGUGGUCAAAGAUAAAUAUGUUUCACAAACUUUUGUUGAUCCAGGUGCAGCAACGUUCUUUCAAACUCGUAUCAAAAACAAAUCAGCUGAAUCAUCGGGUUCAUCGUCACAAGCGAAUCGACCACGACUCAUAAAGCGAAUGCGAUACACCGAAGAUGCUGAAGAAACGGUGAAAAAGAGCGGUGCUGCAUUGGGACCAGAUUGGCAUACGCUGUUCAAUUUAACAGGGAAGAAUGAAGAUUUACCGAAAGCUGUUCACAUUCACUAUCAAACGGGCAUCAAAAACAUUGACAUCAAUCCAAUUUGUGAUGACCAAUUUCCUGUGCGAGUUACACUUCAAAAUGACGAAGUUUUAGAGUGUGACUUUGUAGUCUCGGCUACUGGUGUUGUACCCAAUUUAAACUUCAAGAUGAGAGCUGAACAGUUUCGAUUCGGACCCGAUGGUGGAAUUUUCGUAAAUGAAUUGAUGGAAACAUCCAUUUCGAAUGUGUAUGCCGCUGGUGACGUGUGCUUUGCUGGCUGGGAGUGGGCACCACAUUGGUUCCAAAUGCGAUUGUGGACACAAGCACGACAAAUGGGUGCGAUGGCUGGCAAAAGCAUGGCCGCCAAAUACAACGAUCAACAUAUUUACCCAGAUUUCUGCUUCGAACUAUUCGGUCAUGUGACACAAUUGUUUGGCUAUCAAGUGGUUUUACUCGGCAAAUACAAUGGUCAAGGUUUAGACAAUAAAUAUGAAGCUUUGCUGCGCGUUACACAAGACAAAGAAUACAUAAAAUAUGUGCUGGUCGAUGGCAAACUACAAGGAGCAAUUCUAAUCGGAGAAACUGGACUCGAAGAGACAACGGAAAAUUUGAUUUUAAAUCAAUUGGAUUUAACGCCGUACGGAGAUGAUAUUCUAGAUCCAGAUAUUGACAUUGAAGACUAUUUUGAUUGAAAAAAAAAAACAGAGAGUAUUGUUUAAUUUUCAGUUUUACACAUUUUUGAUUAAAUUGAAAUUAAAUAGAAAAUGAAAGAAAAAAAAA